AUGAAAUAUCUUUGGUUAUCUUUGUUAACUUUUUCAAUUAUUUUAAAGUAUUCGUAUUGUCAAGAAAUAUACACAUUUGAUUGGUCAUCUCCACGUGUCAAUAUUAAUGGACACUCACAUUUUAAAGUUGAUUACUAUCCAGGAACUACCAAUGCAAAUUAUAAGGGUGACUUUUUUCCAGAUGUAGAGUCAAAUCCAAAUGUAAAGAAAUAUUAUUUCACAGCAGAUUGUACCAUCGAUUCAAAUACAGAUUUCUCUAUUCCAGGUUUUAUUACACCGGCUUUGAAUAAAACAGAUAAUCCUUUUCCACUUAUUACAAAUUAUAAUUCAGUUUUAAUUGUACCUUAUGGAAUGACAGUUACAAUCAGUGGUUACAUUCAACCAAUUCUAACGUUAUUAAUUAAGGGUAAGGUUGUCCUCAAACCAACUGUAGUAACCAGAUAUUGGGCUGGUAAAACCAUUAUAUUUCCAACAGGUGUAUUCGAAUCAGCUCCAACAUCAUUAGCUUUCAACCAUUCAAUUAAAUUUUAUAGUCCCUCAUAUUGGGAGUUUCCAGAGUGGGACCCACUUCAAACAUCAACAUUUAUUUCAUUGGGUGGCACUGUUACUCUCACUGGUUUGAAUUCAGAUUCUAUGUGGACAGGUAGAAAUAGUUCAUUCACAUCAUAUGGUGGAACCUUUUUAAAUACCCCAUUCCCCUUCGACACUGCUAACAAACCUGUAUUCAAAAUGGGUGGAACAAGAGAUACAUUUGGUAAUAUCAAUUAUGUAAUGAAUAAUUAUUAUACCUCAUUUAGCCCAUCCACAGGUCCGAAUUUUUUAGAAGAUACAAGUUUUGCUGGUGCAGGUUACAUCCUUAUGCGUCCAUUUACUAAAAACCUUUUCAUUACAGGUGAAGCAAAUUGCUCAAUGGUAUUUACAUUAAACUCAACAGUUAAUAUCCAGAAUAGCGUUUUUUUUGAUGUUGGCCACACUUCACCAGAAUUAUUAGAUGAUAAUAUAAUCAGUUCAACCUAUAGUGUAACCAAAAGAGGAAAUAACAUACCAGAUAGAUACCCAAUUACUUUAUUACAUAACCAAGUUGAUAAAAAUUAUCUCUAA